UGCGCUGCACCCUGCCUGGCUGCAUGCACUGCACCUUCCCCACUUCCUUGUGUGUCUGCUGCUCUGCAUGCUCUGCACCUUCCUCCCUACCCCCUCACUCCCCUUCCUCCUCCUCCUCCUGUAGCCUUCCCUCUCCCAGUUCCUGCCUUCUGUAUACUGGGGCAGAAGCCCCCCACUUAGAGCUGAGUGUAGCAGCAUGGGGAGGUGAGAUAGUAUCUAGAGCCUCAGCCCGACACAGCUUCCUGGGCAAGCCACUGACAAGAGUCGCCUGCAAAUGAAUUCAAUGAACCCCAUGAAACCAUCCCACCCAGGCACAGGACACAGUGAUGGUUCAUUUGCAUACGAGUCUGUUCCCUGGCAACCAAACACCAAUCAGGCUGCAGGAUCGCUCUCCGUAGUAACCACCGUCUGGGGUUUGAGCAACACGUCGCAGAGCCAGGAGGGCCUUGGGAAUCCCAUGGUGCCCAGCGGUGGCCCCACAGGAGGCGGAGUCAUGCCGGGGCUGGCUGGCAAUAAUGGGGGAAUGGGAAACCCUCAGUACAUUAGCCAGCAGGCAUAUCCUGAAGGUGGCGCUGGAAAGGGCUAUCUGCAACAGAGCAUGUACGGACGUGGUGGAUAUCCAGGAGGGUCAGCUUAUACAAAUAGUUAUCCCGGGGGCCCCACAUCUGGCGGCGGGAUGGGCAUGCCUCAACACUCCGGUCGCGGCCCAGCAGACUUUACACAGGCAGCGGCUGCAGCAGCGGUAGCAGCAGCUACAGCAACGGCGACUGCAACUGCAACGGUGGCUGCGCUGCAAGAGAAGCAGAGCCAAGAGAUGAACCAAUAUGGAGGGGUUGGACCCUCUCAUAACUUUGGUGGCCAGUUCUUGCCUCAUUCCGGACCCCGAGGACCAUCCAUUCAGGGUGGAAUAAAUUCCGGGGUCAUGGGUGCUGCGGGCAUGGGUCAGAUGGGUAUGAACUCUGCAAGAGCACCGAGCAUGAAUGCCGUGUAUACUGGACAAAGGAUUCCCCCGCACGGAUACCCCGGGCAGCUCCAAAGCCAGCAGCUCCAAAGCCAGCAGCUACAACGCCAGGGAGUAAAGAGGACCUAUUCCAAUGAGGGCUAUGCACCUCAACAGUACAUGCAAGGUGGCCAGUACCCACCACACGCAGCACAGUAUGCACCAUCUGCCCCUCAGCAAUCUGCUCCAUCCCCAUCCUACCCUGGGCACCGUGUGCAGCAGAACAUCUCGCAGUACAUGCCCCAGGCGGGUCCUGGGGGACAUUACUACAAGCUCACUGAUCAAUACAACGGACAGAGCAAUAACUUCAGUGGGGGAAACUUCACGUAUAACCAGACGAUGAGCGGGCCAGGACGUUCCAUGCCUGGCUAUCCCAGCUCACCCUUGCCAGGAAACCCCACCCCACCCAUGACUCCUGGAAGCAGCGCUCCGCCGUAUUUAUCACCAGGCCAGGAUGUCAAGUCCCCUUUCUUACCUGAUGUCAAACCUUCGCACAACUCCUUGCACCAGUCGCCCACAGGCGCUUCCAAUGACGAGCUGCGCCUGACAUUCCCUGUGCGAGAUGGCAUUGUGCUAGAGCCUUUCAGAUUGCAGCAUAACCUGGCCGUCAGUAACCACGUGUACCACCUGCGGGAGUCUGUGUACAAGACGCUUAUGAUGAGGCCUGACCUCGAGCUGCAGUUUAAAUGUUAUCACCACGAGGAUCGGCAGAUGAACACGAAUUGGCCAUGCUCUGUCCAGGUCAGCGUGAACUCCACACCUCUGAUUAUCGAACGUGGUGACAACAAGACCUCCCACAAACCUCUCUAUCUGAAACAUGUGUGUCAGCCGGGCCGGAACAGCAUCCAGAUCACCGUCAGCGCCUGCUGCUGUUCUCACCUGUUUGUGCUGCAACUGGUUCACCGACCAUCUGUAAGAUCUGUCCUGCAGGGCCUGAUAAAGAAGAGGCUGCUCCCUGCAGAGCAUUGCAUCACAAAAAUUAAACGGAAUUUCAGCAGCGGCAGUAUCCCAGGGACACCUGGUCCUAAUGGGGAGGAUGGGGUGGAACAGACUGCUAUCAAGGUGUCUCUAAAAUGUCCAAUCACCUUCAGGAGAAUUCAGCUUCCUGCCAGGGGCCACGAUUGUCGUCACAUCCAGUGUUUUGACCUGGAAUCGUACCUGCAGCUGAACUGUGAGCGAGGGACCUGGAGAUGCCCUGUGUGCAAUAAAACCGCCCUGUUGGAAGGGUUGGAAGUUGACCAGUACAUGCUGGGAACCCUGCUGUAUAUCCAGAAUUCUGACUAUGAAGAGAUUACUAUUGAUCCUUCAUGCUGCUGGAAACCAGUCCCGGUGAAGCCAGACACCCAUGUGAAGGAAGAGUCGGAUGGGCCAGUUCUCAAGCGCUGUCGGAGUCUUAGCCCGGCACACAUGGUGAUGCCAAAUGUCAUGGAAAUGAUCGCUGCACUAGGACCAAGUUCUUCUCCCUUCAAUAGCAUGCAGUCGGGAGGCGGCGUCAGACCAGACUACGGUGGCCAGCAGGGUCCUGCUUUCCAGAAUCCUGGGGGGUUCUCUGAAGGCGGCUUCCCUUCCUCCAAUCCCAGCACCCCCACGAUGAAUGACUUCACCCCCAAUGGCCCUCCGCCCAUCUCCUAUCAGUCUGACAUUCCAAGCUCAAUGAUGAGCCAAGAGAAGACUGGAGGACCCCCGAUGACUGGACAGGUUCCUUCAACUGGACGAAUCGAGGCAUCACACAAUCCCUCGCAGUCACUUCAUACCUCCAACCUCAGCAGCCAGUCACCACAGCAACUUCACCAUCGGAAUCAAUCACGGCAAUCGUUGGCUCAGCCUGGAGGUGACCUGGCAUUCAACCAUUCUGUGGCAAUGCCAGCUGCUGGUGAUGUAACGGAACCCUCACUUGAUCUUCUCCCUGAACUGACAAACCCGGAUGAGCUGCUUUCCUACCUUGGACCCCCGGACCUUCCAAGCAGCGGCAACGAUGAUCUUCUGUCCCUCUUCGAGAAUAACUGAUGUUCCUUCCACAUCAUUAUAUACAUUUUUUGCUUUUUUUUUAAUUUUUAUUCAUACCCAACUUUUAAACAGAAGGGAUGAGGGGAGGGGUGCAGAGCACAAGACCCAAUCUGGAGAUGGCCCAGUUUGCCGCUAUAGAUGGAUACAGACUGAUUCAGAUCAUUGCACUAUUUUAAAUCUGCAGUGCUGCUCCGUAAGCUUUGGAGGGUGUCUCCCGUAGACUAUUAACCACAUUACACAUCCUUUUACAAAAGUCCAAUAUACAUAUUUGACUACUCUAAAGGGAGAUAUGCGGAUUUCAUCACUUUAAGAAACCAGCAAUGUUUCUCCAGUUUAUGCCUCCUGGGUCAGGCGAAGGUUCCCCCGGGGUGGUCCCGCAGCCUCUGCCGACUUGUCCGUAUCCCCCUUUUAGACAUUCUUAGCCACUAAGUACCAGCCUGUGGGUAGCAGGGUUGUUACGCUGUUUUAUUAUUCGGGGACCUCUGUCACGGGAAGCUAAGAGCACAAAGCAGGCGUGUGUAAGCCUACACACUAUUCUUUUUGUAAUGUAAAAAUACAUACAUUGUUUGUGUGUGUGUGUAUAAAUGUAUAUUAUUGCUGGUCCAUUAUUCAUAACUCAUUCCUUUUGUGGGGUGGGAGGGAGGUUUGGUUAUAAUGGAUGCUGCAGGAUUCUUGGGUGACGGUGGAUUGUAGUUCCCACAGUCUCUGUCAGUGUCUGAGGUAAUAUUGCAGAAUAUAGCUAUAAUACAGAGGAUCCGCUCUGUAGUUCUGUGUCCUUGUCGCUGUAUGUUUUCUUUUCCAGUAUAAAAGCUUCAAUACCCCAGGCAGCAUCACCUACUGUACAUGCAAUAAAACGGGACCGCAGCUUUGAAAUAUCGACAUUAUUCACUCUGCAGCAGAGUGGGAAUCUGUAUGCAGUAUAUUAAUAUAUAUUUAUAUAUAUAUAAAUGUGUGUUUUGUGUGAUAUCACAUGACAGAGGGAAGGAUGCAGCAUGUAACUGAAUAUCUUAAGUUCAAAUGUUAUCUACGCACAGUGGUGGCAGCCAUUUUGUUGCUUUCAUUUUACUAGGAGCUAGUGAAAUCACGAAGACGUGUGAAGCACCAUGUGUCGAUGCCUUCAGAGACGUCUAUGGUUCCUAGUGAGGCUUGUGGCAUAGAUCCUCAGUGAUUUCAUGUGUUUCUGGUCAACUUGUGGGCCAGGUUCUCAUUGCAUAUUGGGCCAAUCCGCAAAAUGGCUGCUCCACUGGGUUUAGGGGACAGAUGCACUUUAAAAGUCACGGAAGGGUAGUGACUAUAUUUAACUCCCAGGUUUUUAUUGUUAUUUUAUUAGUACCUGGUGUAGGGAAGACACAAUGCUGUAAAGACACACACCAAUCAAUCAUAGUUGUUUUAUUUAUUUUUUUAUUUUAUAACUUUUUUGUUUCUGGUUUUAAAAACAAAAAAGUCGUCCUGCAAAAGGCACUGUCUUUUUAAAUAAGCCAUGAAGGAAUUUGCGUGAGGUGUGGCGCCAGUUAUAAAAUGAAGUCCCCCACCCUUGCUCCUCAACAACCGAAGUACAAAUACAUUGCAAGCCAAAUAUACGUUAACUCUUUCCAGACACAAGCAAACAGGCCAGAGGGAGGGGGGAGGGGAUCACGCUGGUGAGGGUGGUUAAAUGUCGGGUUUCUAUUUACAUAUCUAGGGUUUGUGCUAUGUGCUGGAAAUAUGUGCGUUUUGCAGAAAUAAAAAUAUAUAUAUUGAA